GAUGGGGAUGCCCUGAUGAGGUUUGUCCUGCUAAUUAGCCUCUCAUUGGUUGCUGGUCCCCAGGUGGGAGCGCUCGGGGGAGUGGAGCCAGGCCCCGCCCCUCCUCCUGUCCCUGCGGCUGCGGAGCUGCGCCGCUGCUGUUCCGGUUUCGGGAUCUCCCGGGCUAUGGAGCCAAGAAGACCACAUGCGUUGAGGGUGCUGGUGGACAUGGACGGUGUGUUGGCCGACUUUGAGGGCGGCCUGCUGCGAAGCUUUCGUCUCCGCUUCCCCCAGGAGCCCUACGUGGCCCUGGAGGAGCGGAGAGGCUUCUCGGCCCGGGACCAGUACGCAGCCCUUCGGCCCGACCUCGCGGAGAAAGUGGCAAGUAUUUAUGAAACACCAGGGUUUUUCCUAGAGCUGGAGCCCAUCCCUGGAGCCUUGGAAGCCUUGCAAGAAAUGAAAUGCAUGAAGGAUACUGAAGUCUUCAUUUGCACAAGUCCACUGCAGAAGUACAAUUACUGCGCUAGUGAGAAGUACCACUGGGUGGACAAGUACCUAGGUCCUGAGUUUGUCGACCGAAUGAUUCUGACCAGGGAUAAGACAAUAGUGUCUGGGGACCUGCUCAUUGAUGACAAGGAUACUAUUCAAGGCCACGAGGAGAAUCCAAGCUGGGAGCACAUCUUGUUUACUUGUUGCCACAAUCAACACCUGGACCCACUCCCCUCCAAAAGAAGGCUUAAUUCCUGGAGUGACAACUGGAGAGCCAUCUUAGAUAGUAAGCGGAAAGCAAGACUAGGACAGGACUGAAAGGCAUCUGCAGUAGGGACAAAUGGAGCUCUGUAAGCCACAUCAGCCCAUCUAGGGAAGAGUGACUUCAAACGAGAGAGGGAAGUACAGGGGAGGAAAGCUGAAAUAGGCCACGGAACAGAUGUGUAGUCCAGGGGUAACCUCCCCAGCACAGACCCAACCAUCAAAUACCUCCAGAAAUAACUGUACCACCAUAUCACAGUAACAACCUGGGACUGUGGGUCACACAUUGUCAAUAAAAAAUUUUGACUCUGAA